AUGUACGACCCUUUACUAGCGUUUCGGCCUCAUUUUAACGCUCUAGCCAGAGUUGGUUAUUUUAAACUUGUUUUUAGUCCAAAAACGAAAUGGAAACGCCAAUUGCAUUAUUAUUACCGAGUGUUUAUUUGGAUUGGAGUUAUUACCUAUAAUUUACAACAUGUCAUACGUGCGAUUCAGGUGAGACACUACACGGAUCACCUUGUUGGAACUCUAUUCAUUUUGUUGACAACUUUAAACACGCUUGGGAAGCAGCUGUCCUUUAAUAUGCGGGUUCAGCGCAUCGACAAAAUUAUUGAUACAAUAAAUGUUUAUGUUUCUUCUGGGUAUUCUUCCAGUUUUGAAAUAGCAGCUCUAUUUGAAGGCAUCCUUAUAUCACUACAAGGAUAUGGUCAUGUUACUAUGGACUGCACCAUCGUAUCAUUUUACGCUUACGUCAAAACUCAGUUACAAAUCUUUAGGUAUAACCUAGAACACUUUUUGGACGAGUUUGGAGUAAGAAAUUCUAACUUAAAAUAUAUUGAUGAAGACGAAAACUUAAACGAACUGUUACACCACAAAUUCGUAACUUGUGUUAAACAUUACGAUAAAAUUAUUUGGUUUGCCCGAGAAAUAGAACUUAUGUUCAACGAAGCGAUGAUUAUACAAUUCUUUGUGAUGGCCUGGGUAAUUUGUAUGACUGCUUACAAAAUAGUUGGGCUUGCUUUGUUUACAGCAGAAUUUUUUUCUAUGGCCAUGUAUCUUUGUUGUAUGUUGGCGCAAUUGUUUAUUUACUGUUAUUUUGGAACACUUCUAAAAGAUGAGAGUGAAUUAGUGAACGAGUCAAUCUAUCGAUCUGAAUGGUUAUCAUUGUCCCCGGUGUUCCGGCGUCGUCUACUGAUCGUAAUGGAGAGAUGCAAGCGUGCGAUAGAGCCACGUACAGCCUAUAUCAUUCCAAUGUCUAUUGACACAUAUAUUUCUGUGCUGCGAUCGUCUUAUGCACUGUUUACAAUAAUAGAUAAACGUAAA